AUGGGGGAGCGCGUGGGCACAACCGUCGACGCGGCGGCGGCUCCGAGCAGGGGCGGUGAGGAAGUGCUCGUCGGCUACGCGCUGACAGAGAAGAAGCGCAGAAGCUUAUUUAGCCCUGAGCUCCUGGCGCACGCGAGGUCUCAAGGCGUAUACUUCGUGCCCAUCGAUCCUCGACUCCCAAUCGAGUCUCAGACUGGACACCCGUACGAUGUCAUACUGCAGAAGGUCCCCGCUAGUUCGCCGCAUAAGCGCCAGUGGGACGAACGCGUGGAGAAGUACGCGAGGGAGUUCACCAGCUGCCGUGUCGUCGACUUGCCAUCCGCGGUGCAAAAGAUCACGCAGCGCGAUACCAUGCUGGACGCCGUGGAUCAGGUGAAACACGCGUUCGAUCGGGGAGGCGCGGUGAACGACGAGGGGGAACCGAGUGGUCCGUCGGUACGCGCGCCGCGGCAGAUCGUGUGCGCGCCGGGAACGGCGGAGGAGGUCAGGCGGCAGGUUGACGCCGCGGGAUUACAGCUCCCGCUCCUGGCGAAGUCCAUUCGCGCGGAUGGCAGCAGCGACUCGCACAGGGUGGCCAUCAUCCACGACCAGGACGGUCUCGUCACGGUGGCAUCGGGAGGGGUUCCGGGGCUGGCGCCGCCGUGCGUCAUGCAGGAGUACGUGAACCACGGCGGCUGUCUGUUCAAGGUGUACGUGGUGGGCGACGUCGUGACCAGCACCAUCCGCCGGUCGCUUCCCGAUUUACGCGGCGCGAAGAAGAGCUCUCGGCGAAGGGCCAAGGCUUUCGACGGCGGCGAGGACGGCAGCUCCGAGUCGAACAGAGCCAUCAGGGAGAACGGGAGCAGGGACAACGGCGCCUUGAUUCAGCCCCCGGACGAGGGGUUCAUCAAGACCCUGGCAUUGGGGCUGAGGGACAACCUGAAGCUGCAGAUGUUCAACUUUGACAUGAUCAGGGCUGGCGGCGACAGCGACGAAUACCUCGUCGUGGACAUUAAUUACUUCCCGGGCAUCGCGAAGAUGCCCGGCUACAGCGACACGUUCUGCGACUUUUUACGGCGAGGCAAGGUGACGAAUCAGUGA